AUGGAAGGGAACCUCGACGAUACUCUUACGGGAUUCAAUGCGCUUUCACUGGGUGAUUCCACUGCCAACGGACGGGAAUCAGCCGACAAAGUUUCGCAGGAGCCGCUGGUACGGCAGCCGGAUGGCAUGGGCGGAGCGGGGGAGCACCAAAAGCCACAAUUAGAGGACUCUGGAGUUGACCAAAGUGGUCAUUGGUCUCCAAAGGACGGAGAAUCUGCGAAUGGCCUAGAGAGCAUUCAGGAUGACGACGUAUUGUACGUUGGAAGCAGCAUUACGGUCAAGACGGAAGGUGCUCCGAGCAAGAGAGGACUCGGUACUCUCCACAGGGACCUCUCGCAUCACCUAGAUGACUCUCAAGGCCAUUCCAUGGCCGAGCCAAUGGAAAAGUUUCAGGGCCAAGAAAAAUCUGGAUGGAUCGUGAGUUGUGUAAAGAGCCCAAAGGCGUCUCUGAAACAUCUCGUCAGCAAAAGGGUCGUUGGUCUCGACUCUGUAAACCUUGGACAGGAUGGCAACUUGACACACAUUAAUGCGCUCUGCCAAAGAGGAUCAAACUCCAGCACCAUAGUUUCAAAUCGCUCCGGUAAAUCUGCAAAAAUGCACAAGAAUAGUGACUAUGCAAGAUUUAAUGGAUACGACAGAGCUGGUGGACAUGCCGACUAUGGAAAAAUGGGUGAACAAGUUGUACCCAGGCAUGGUGUAAAAGGAUAUAUUGGUGAGGCUCAGUACGGGCAAAAGAGUUACGAGAGUCAUGGCAUAUCGCCAGAGUCGCUAAACAGGUGGCUCAUGGCCCUCUUGAAGGCCUUUAUAAUCAUAACUGUAAUAUACAUAAUCGCAAUCACAACCCUGGCUAUAAAACGGGAUAUUGACAAUGAAAUACAAAAGAAACGACGAAUGAUAAAGGAUGAAGUUCUGGAAUGCCAGGAAUUGUAUAAAAAGAACCAAUGCAGCACAUUACAAAUUCCAGCACUAGAGGAACAGUGCAAAAAAUGGGAGUCUUGCAUGUACAAGAAUGAACUUUUGUACGAGGAAACAACAUCACUAUCGGCUGAGUUUUUAGGGGGAAUCAUAAACAAGUUUGUAUCACAACUGGAGCUUCGGACAGUGGCAAUUGUCAUGUUCACGUUGGUGGCGUUGCUUAUUGGCUAUAAUCUCAUGCUUUCUUUGCGCUUGCGAAUUUUCGGAAAUGGAAAUUACCCUGGCUAUACGCACGGUGGACAAUUAAAUUUUCAGGGCUAUCCUAAUCAUAUGCUACACUAUCCGCCAUUGAUACAAAACCCCUACAUUGUACCAAACUACUUUAGCAUGGGUGGGUACCCUUUUAUUCAUGACCAGCGCCCUCAGUUGGACUGUUAUAGAAGGGAUUCAGGGUCGAAACAUGUCAAGAGGGGUACAUCAGCCUGGAAACGAAGAUUUACAAGUGCUUGGCAAGAUGAAUGA